AGUUUUAUCUAAAUAAUUUAUCGAAAAAUUUAUAAUUUAAAAUAUAAAUUUAAAAUUCAGUCUUGAAAACUUGACGAGAGAAAAAAACAAUAAAUUAUUUGGCAACAAAAAAAUGGCAGUAAAUUUAAUCGAUUUUAGUAAAUAUUUUUUUUUCUUCUCUGCAAAAUUUAUAAGUUUUUUUUUCUCGUCAAUAAAUGUGUCAAUAAUAAAUAAUAAAAACUGACACAUGUUUGUAUUGUCAGUGUCAUUGUCAUUGAUUUAACUGUCAAUAAAAUAACAACAAUAUUUUUUUUUACUCAUUUAAUGAUGAUCAAAUAAACAUUGAAAAUAUAUAUAAUUGAUGAGUCAAAGUUUGCUGAGCAUAGGCUGUCAUUGAAUUUAUAAAAUUGAAUAAAAAUUAAUAAUAAUUAUUAAUUAUCAGCAAUGCCAGACAAUAUUAAAAAACCAUUUUACAUUGGUGCUAUUGAUGAGGGUACCAGCAGUACCAGAUUCCUCAUAUUUGAUGUGAUAAAACGUAAAGUAAUAACAUCUCAUCAAAUUGAAAUAAAACAAAAAUAUCCACAAGAAGGAUGGGUUGAACAGGAUCCAAUGGAAAUAUUAACAGCAGUUUAUGAAUGUAUAAAUAAAGUUAUUGAAAAAUUAAAAGAACUUAAUAUUGAUAGUUCAGAUAUUAAAGCUGUUGGUGUUACAAAUCAACGUGAAACAACAAUUAUGUGGGAUAAAAAAACUGGUGAACCACUUCACAAUGCAAUUGUAUGGUUGGAUAUGAGAACAACAACAACAAUGGAUGAAGUACUAGAUUCUGUACCAAAUAAAACACGUAAUAAAAAUUAUUUAAAGCCACUUUGUGGUCUUCCAUUGUCACCAUAUUUUAGUGCACUUAAAAUACGUUGGUUAAUUGAUAAUGUACCAAAAAUAAAACAAUCAGUUGAUGCUGGUACAUGUUUAUUUGGUACAAUUGAUACAUGGAUUAUUUAUAAUUUAUCAAAUAAAAAAUUACAUAUUACUGAUGUAUCAAAUGCAUCAAGAACAAUGUUAAUGAAUAUUGAAACACUUAAAUGGGAUCCAGUAUUACUUAAAUUUUUUAAAAUACCACAAACAAUAUUACCAGAUAUUAAAUCAAGUUCUGAAGUAUAUGGUCAUAUUGAACAACCAAAUUGUUUAGCUGGAAUUCCAAUAUCUGGUUGUGUUGGUGAUCAACAAGGUGCAUUAUUAGGACAGUUAUGUUUAAAACCUGGACAAGCUAAAGCAACAUAUGGAACUGGUUGUUUUUUACUUUACAAUACUGGAAGUAAUAAAGUUGAUUCAACUCAUGGUUUAAUAACAACAGUUGCAUAUAAAUUUGGUAAAAAUCCAGCAGUAUAUGCAUUAGAAGGAUCAGUUGCUGUUGCUGGUGCAGCGCUUGGUUGGCUGAGAGACAAUAUGCAAAUGAUGAGUAAUAUAUCACAGACACAAGAACUUGCUGAACGUGUUAAAAAUUCUGGUGAUGUUUAUUUUGUACCAGCAUUUUCUGGUCUUUAUGCACCAUACUGGCAACAAGAUGCUCGUGGUGUUAUUUGUGGUAUAACUGAGGAUACACAACAGUAUCAUAUUAUUAGAGCAGCACUUGAAGCUGUUUGUUUUCAAACAAGAGAUAUUUUAGAUGCAAUGGUUAAAGAUUCUGGUACAAAGUUAUCAACACUUCUUGUUGAUGGUGGAAUGACUAUUAAUGAUUUAUUAAUGCAACUUCAAGCUGAUCUUACUGGUAUUAAUGUUGUGAGACCAUAUAUGGUUGAAUCAACGGCUCUUGGUGCUGCUAUACUUGCUGGUGUUGGUGCUGGUCUUAUUGAUAUUAGUGAUGUUGAACCAUCACAAAUGACUAAAUUUUCACCUCAAAUUAAUGAAGAUGAAAAAGAUCUUCGUUAUUCAAAAUGGAAAAUGGCUGUGGAAAGAUCCAUGAAAUGGGAUUUAUCAUCAAGUUUAGAAGGAUAAUUAUUUUUUUUUUUGAAUAAUUAUACAAGUCAAUUGACAAUUUGACUAAGGUUACUUAUUGAUAAAUUUGGAAAGUUAAAAAGACGUUAAAUAAAUUUAUAAAAACAAUAUAUUAUAAUUAUAUUUAAAAAGUUAACAAUGUACUUAGAUAACAGAAAAUUUUAUCCAUCAAAUGUUGAUAUAUUAAAUUAUUAAUAACAUUAAUUGUUAACAUUUUAUUUUGGAAAUGAUAUUAAAAUUAGUAAUUUAAUAAUAUUUAAAAAUUUUUUUUUUUCUUUUUCAAUUCACAUAGUUGUGAUAAAAUUAAUUAUUUAAAAAUAAAAUUAUGAAUUUAUUCUAAAUUGUUCAAAUUGAAUUAAUAAUAUUAAAAAUAAAAAGUUGAAAAUAGUAAAUGAAAAAUA